AUGUUGAGUCUUCGGCUUUUGCGUGAAAUGUUCUAUUUUACGAAACUUACUGAUACAGUGUCCUACAAUUCUUUGUUCUAUACUUUGUACAAACAGUGCAGAUUUUCCAGUGAUUGUGGCGAUUCACAAACCAUCAAAGCGACUAAACGACAAUGGGCUUUGUAUGAAAGGACAACGAAUAUUGAUCCAAGCAAGACAUCCAUCAUCUUAUUCCCAGGCCAAGGUUCUCAGUUUGUUGGAAUGGGCAGAGAACUUGUAAAAAUACCCAAAAUAAAACAGAUGUUUCAAUGUGCUAAUGAAAUCUUAAGAACAGAUAUUCUUCGUACUUGUCUGGAUGGUCCAGCUUCAAAGUUGUCAAAAACUAUUCACUGCCAACCAGCAACCUUCAUAAUUUCCUUGGCAGCUAUCGCAAAGCUGCGGGAAGAAAACCCUGAGUUAAUUAGGAAUUGUGUAGCAACAGCUGGAUUUAGUGUUGGUGAGAUCACUGCAUUGGUGUUUUCAGGUGCUUUAACAUACGAAGAAGGUCUACAUAUCAUUCGUGUCCGAGCAGAGGCUAUGCAGAAAGCAUGUGAUGAAAAAUCUGGAGCAAUGCUUACAGUUUUCACCAGUCCUGGCUCUCCAUUAAAACUGGCAAUAGCAGCAGCUAUUAGUCAUUGUGAGACUUGUCAUGAAAUUCAGAAUCCUUGUUGCAGAGUUGCUAACUAUCUAUAUCCAGACUGCAAAGUUAUCGCCGGUAACACAGAGGCAAUCGACUUUAUUGAAAAUCAUGCUUCUCAGUUUGGAAUACGUCGAACUAAGCGUCUGACAGUCAGUGGAGCUUUCCAUACACCUUUAAUGUUCUCUGCCUAUAAAACUGUAGCCAAUGCACUUGGUAGGAUGGAGGAUUUCCAAAAACCUUCAAUACCUGUUGUUAGUGCUGUAGACGUUCUGCCAUAUACGAAUACAUGGAAUAUUAAACGAAAACUUGCUAUUCAGGUCGCUCGUCCUGUACGAUGGGAGCAAACUUUGUAUGCACUGUACAACCGUCCAUUAGAUGUUCCUUUCCCGUGUACUAUUGAGCCUGGUCCAGGUAGGCAACUUGGUGCUAUGUUGAGAAUGGUCAGUCGCAAAGCGUUCGUCAGUUAUAGUCCCGUAGAUGUAUAG